ACUGAGGACAGCAGAGCCACUGACCACAGUUUGGUAAGAGAGACAGUACUGACAGAGGACAAUGAGGACACUGCUGCUGCUGUGUCUGUGUGUGUACGCCGUCUGGGCUCAGGACAAUCUGGAGUUUGACGAUUAUGAAGAGGAAAGCACCAACGCACCAUCAGUGAAUGGAACAUCAGUAGAUGCCCGUGGUCACCGUCCAACGACGGGGAGAGACACCUACACACCCAGACGUAAUGUCCCACCUCCUGUCUCUGGCCGCGGCAGGUACCGAGGCCGUCCCACCCCGCCUCCGACCAGGGGACCACUGUCACAGGAGAAAGAGGAGCAGCCAGAGGCCGGAGGAUGCACACACGCCUCAGAGGAGAUGGGUGUUCUGUGUCCCACUGGCUGUGAGCUGAAGACGGCUCUGCUGAAGCAGGAGAGGAACGUGAAGACGACGAUUAAUGAACUCAAGCCUCAGGUGGACGAAUUGUCCAGGUCCUCCAACGCCAUCUACAACUACGUCAACAGCAUGUCCAACUCUCUGAGGGAGAGGCAGAGGAUCAUCACCGACAACAACAGGGUGGUGGGUCAGUACACGGAUCAAGUGGAGGAACAACACGCCUACAUCAAGGAGACGGUGGACACCGUCUUCCCUUCCAACAUCAGAGUCCUGCAGGGCGUCCUGGACAAGAUCAGGCUGAAAAUUCAGAAGCUGGAGAAGGCCAUCCAGACCCAGAAGGAGGCGUGCAAGGAGCCAUGCAAGACCAAAUGUCCCGUUCCUGUGGUGUCUGGUAAGGAGUGUGAGGACAUCUUCCGCCGCGGAGGACGAGACUCCCAGAUGUACCUGAUCCAGCCCGACGCCUUCUCCCCACCAUACAAGGUCUUCUGUGAUCAGUCCACCCAAAACGGAGGAUGGCUGCUCAUCCAGAGCAGGCUCGAUGGCAGCGUUGACUUUGGCCGGCGAUGGGACGAAUAUCGACGCGGAUUCGGAAACAUCGCCUUCGAUGUUGGAAAGGGUCACUGUGAGACUCCUGGUGAAUACUGGCUGGGUAAUGACCGCAUCAGUCAGCUGACCAAGACGGGACCCACUGAGGUUCUCAUUGAGAUGCAGGACUGGACAGGAACCAAGGUCCAUGCCCAGUACAACCAGUUCACCAUCCAAUCAGAGACGUCCAACUAUGUGCUGGCGGUUGACGGUUACUCCGGUAACGCUGGCAACUGUCUCCUGGAAGGAUCCUUGCAGCUCUUUGGUGAAAACCGCACCAUGACCAUACACAACGGCAUGAUGUUCAGCACCUACGACAGAGACAACGACAACUGGAACCCCGGCGAUCCCUCCAAACAGUGCUCCAGGGAGGACGGAGGCGGCUGGUGGUACAACCGCUGCCACUCGGCCAAUCCCAACGGCCGAUACUACAUAGGUGGAGCCUACACACGCCAAAUGGCCAAGCACGGCACCGACGACGGCGUGGUGUGGAUGAACUGGAAGGGGAGCUGGUAUUCGCUCAAGGCCAUCAGCAUGAAGAUCAGGCCUUACUUUGCCUCCAGAUAAACAUGUCGCACUCUGUCAACACAUAACACACACACACACACACACACACACACACACACACACCUGGACAGUGAGUGUGAGAGAAACUGUUUCUGCAGCUUUAAACUAAAAACAAACAGAAUUUAAAACAUGUCAGAUAAAGUUUGGAUCUUCUAAGAUACAAAGCCUGAUUGGUUGUAAAUGUGCUGUGACCUGUUCUUCCUUGUUAUGUGUGACGUCUUCAGUGUGGACAACUAGGACAAGUUGAUUCCAACUGUCCUCCGCUACUCAAUAAAGUGAUUGAGGAACAUA